AACUGAAAUCAAACGCAUUGUUCACACGAAAAGAAACAUCCAAACCAGAAGAAGACAAAAAUAGAAUAAAAGCUUAAAAAUAUGGCGGGGCGGGGCAAGGACAAAAGCUAUUGGCUGCUGAAAACGGAGCCGGGGGAGUGGUCGUGGGAGGAUCAGCGGGGGUCCGACGAGGGGGUCUCCAAAUGGGACGGCGUGCGGAACAAGCAGGCGCAGAAGUACAUGAAGCAGAUGCGCGCCGGCGACCUCUGCUUCUUCUACCAUUCGGGAUCGGGACCCAAAUCUCGAUCCGUGGUGGGCGUCGUCGAGGUGCUGCGCGAGUGGUACGCCGACGGCGACGGCGGUGCGGUGGAGGUGAAGGCUGUGGGAGAGAUGGAGAGGAGGGUGGAGUUAGGGGCGAUGAAGAAGGAGAUAAAGGCGCCGGAGUUUGCGCUUUUCCGGCAGCCGCGGCUGUCGGUGGUGCCGGUCGAGAAAGGCGUGUGGGACAUGGUCUGCGAAAUGGGCGGCGGCUAUGUGGCUGUGGACGAAGGCGAGGGAGGGACUGAAUGAAUGUAAUGGGAGUGCAGGGAAGGUGUUCGAUGAAUUGCCUCAAUGGAAAUAUUUUGAGAUAUUUUGAGUGCAUUUUGAGCAAAAAGAUAUUUUUGGUCUCAUUCCAUAUUAUCAUUAUCAAUAUUAGUUUCAAAAUAUAUUUUUUUGUUAAUUUUGAUCUCAUUCAAACAUAAAUUUAUUAAAAUAUGGCCGUGAAUAUAGUAUAGGAUA